UUCCCCUAGUUAUCGACAUAGCUUUACUCUUGAGCCCAUGCCCUCUCCACAUGGAGAAUUGAUAUUUUUGUAAUUGAUAAAUAACGUGAAAAUGUCACUCCCCGAUAAAGUUUUAAUGCGAAAGAUUAAGAAGAGAGAGGAGUACAAGUUGAAAGUAAUCCAGGAACGAGAGACCCUCAAGAAAAAUGAUGCUGUUGGUGAUAGUGCGGAGUUCGGAAGACCUGGAAGCAAGAAGAAGAAAAUUAAUGUGAAGAGACCGUGUGCAGAGGACACUCCAAUAAAGAAAAAGAAGAAAAAGGUAGAGCAUUCUCCAGAAGAAGUGCAAGAAUCUUCCCAAGAGAGAGAAGUUGCCAAUGGAAAUAAAUCAGAGUCUGAAGAGAAUAGAGGAGGAAUGGAAGCUGCACUGCCGGGUUCAACAAUUGGUCUGGAUGUUUCAAAGAACACGGGCUUCUCCUCCCUCAAAGGCAACGUUUGUGAGCAAACAUUGAAAGGUAUCGAGGACAUGGGCUUUACAAACAUGACAGAAAUCCAAGCGAGAGCCAUUCCCCCUCUCCUCGAGGGAAGAGACUUGGUGGGAGCUGCAAGAACUGGUUCUGGAAAAACCCUGGCUUUCCUUAUCCCAGCCAUUGAACUCAUUAAUAAACUCAAGCUCAUGCCAAGAAAUGGCACUGGCUGUAUCAUUAUCUCUCCAACUCGAGAGCUGUCGAUGCAGACAUUUGGAGUCCUAAAAGAAUUGAUGAAGUACCACCACCAUACGUAUGGGCUCCUGAUGGGAGGUGCCAACAGGCAGACAGAGGCCCAAAAGCUGGCAAAAGGAGUGAAUAUCGUCGUAGCAACUCCUGGCAGACUGCUGGAUCAUCUCCAAAAUACUGCAGACUUUCUCUUCAAGAACCUUAACUGCCUGAUAAUCGACGAGGCCGAUCGUAUUCUGGACGUUGGCUUCGAGGAGGAGUUGAAGCAGAUCAUCAAUAUCCUCCCCAAAAGAAGACAAACGAUGCUGUUCAGUGCCACACAAACAAAAAAGGUUGAGACUUUGACAACUCUAGCUGUCAAGAAGGAGCCUAUCUACGUUGGGGUUGAUGAUGAGAAGGAGAAGGCCACAGUGGAGGGUCUAGAGCAGGGCUACGUCGUCUGUCCAAGUGAAAAGAGGUUCCUCUUGCUCUUCACAUUCCUCAAGAAGAACAGAAAUAAAAAAGUAAUGGUUUUUUUCUCGUCUUGUAUGUCCGUUAAAUAUCAUCAUGAAUUGUUGAAUUACAUCGAUCUACCAGUGAUGAGCAUUCAUGGAAAGCAAAAGCAGACGAAACGAACGACCACCUUCUUCCAAUUUUGUAAUGCCACCUCAGGGAUUUUACUGUGUACUGAUGUGGCUGCUCGAGGUCUCGAUAUCCCCGAUGUUGACUGGAUCGUCCAAUUGGAUCCUCCAGAUGAUCCAAAGGAAUACAUUCACAGAGUUGGUAGAACAGCUCGUGGUGAGGGAAGCAGUGGACACGCCCUACUGAUCCUCCGACCUGAGGAACUGGGCUUUUUACGUUAUCUGAAACAAGCCCGAGUUCCUGUGAAUGAAUUCGAAUUCUCCUGGAACAAAAUAGCUGAUAUCCAGCUGCAGCUGGAGAAAUUGGUCUCGAAGAAUUACUUCCUCAACUUAUCAGCAAAGGAGGCAUUCAAAGCGUAUGUCCGUGCCUAUGAUUCCCACCACUUGAAACACAUCUUCGACAUUGAAACCCUGGAUCUUGUCCAAGUUGGCAAAUCAUUUGGAUUUGCAGUACCACCUGCUGUUGAUCUGAAAGUGCCUGUGAGAAAGGAAUCGAGACCUAGAAAACGUCUCGGUGGAGGCGGCUAUGGAUACUUCAAGAAUAUGAAUGAUACCAGUGGUGGUAGGCAGAUCGAGAUGACCAAACACUUUCGACAGGUGGACAAGAGAAAGAAUGAUCAACGACAAUUUACUAGAUAAUCUACACAAAAUAUAUUCAUGAAUUGUUAUUUCUCUGGGUUCACUGGGGAUUGAUAUGUGAAUUAAAUAGUGCAUAUCUAAUCUAAUGUACAGUAUCAUUGUGCAUCCGUACAUAAUACUACGAUACAAAUAGAAAUUAUUAUUUUUCACAUUAAAAACUACUUGACUUUG